UGAGCAGCAGAUUACACAGCCGUGUGUCCUGUGAUGAAGCUGCAGGGGGUUCAGUGAGUCUGCUCCUGCGUCCAGUCCGGGCGGUUCUGCCUCGCGCUCGGUUCCGGUCCACAGACUUCUUCAGCCAGUUCCUGGUUCUUGACAGACUGUUGGUGGUUAGAGACAGUCAGGUGUUUUUGUGCUGACGCUGUGUUUCGUCGUUAACGUGCGUCGACCCUUCAUCAGCGUUGCUGCGAGCAGCUUCUGCUCUGUGAUUGCGGGGGUGGGGGGGGUGGGGGGGCUUUGGUUGGGGCCCCCAGGCAUGGCACCAGACGUGGAGAGGAUCAUCACAAGCAUCGGCUUAGGAGACCAGGACACGGUUCAACUCCUGCUGGACAGCUACAAUACCCAGUAUGCAGAUUGCUUCUUCUUUGACUCAGAGACGCAGGAAAGAAAACAGCAACAACGGCUGGAGGAGUUCAGGCAGAUGAAAGUAAGGGAGUGUCCCUCCAACUCUGGUUCUGAUGAAGACUCAGACCAGGACAAACCGGAUCUUCUCCUCCGUCAGGAUUUGGCUGCAGCCCUGCUGCGCUUCGUCAGCGGUCGGCUGCAGCCAGCCGUGUUACGGGUGUGUCUGCACACGCUGCGCAUCCUCUCCCGUGACUGCAGGGCCCUGGGGCCCCUGGUCUGCGACAAAGCCCUCUUCACUUUGGCUCACCUGGGGGGCAUUCUCCAAAACACGGCAGAAGAUGAAGGCCGCUCGGGACAAACUCCUGGCUGCAGGGAGACGGCGGAGGCUGACGGCGUUCCUCCAACGGAGACCCCUGCUGUUUCAUUUUCUGCCGCCACGCACACCUCACCUGUGUACAGCUCCAGGCGGAGGGGGGCCGAGGAACGAAUGCUCGUCCCAGGGACAAAAGAGGCCCGGGAGGAGGACAGUGAGGAUGAAGAAAGGGAGGAGGACGGGGAGGUGUGCAGGAAGGAAGCCAUGAAAGUCUUGUGCAACAUCAUCUACAACAGCCCCCGCGCCCAGGAGAGGGCCAGCACACUCAGACUGCUGCAGGGCCUGUGGGAGACUCUGAAGCAGGGCAUCUGGAGUAGGGUGCCCCCCAGUGGCCAGUUCUACAAGCUGCGGCUGCUGUUCAUCCUGACGGCUCUGAGGCCAGAGCUCCGGCUGCAGCUGCAACAGGAGCGCGGCGUUCCAGUCCUGACGAAAGCCUUGGAGCAGUGUCUGGCAGUCCGGUGGGAAGGUGGAUCUGAGGUGGUGAUUGACAACCAAGCCCCGCCCAUUUCCAAAAAGAGCUCCCAAGACAUCAUCGAGAUCCUCAAGACUCUCUUCAACAUUGCUCACAGGUUCCACAAGCAGGAACCAGACGAGGAGGAGGCUGCUCUCUGUCGCCACCUGGCUGCUGUGCUGCGCCGCUGCCUGCUGCUUCCCUGCGAUGGGGAGGACACGCUGGAGGAGCUUCAGGGGCACACGGUCAACAUCCUGUCAGCGCUGCCGCUCACCUGCCUGGACGUCAUGGUGGCUGUUCCGGUGGAGGGGGCCGCCCACAAGUGUGAGGGGGUCAACAUGGACUGUGUGCACGCUCUGUUGUUGUUCAUGGACAGACGCCUCAACAGGAGUCAGAAGCUGAAGGAGAAGCUGACCCCCGUGCUGAAUCUACUGACCGAGAGUUCACGGGUCCACAGGGAGACGCGCCACUACCUGCGCCAAAAGAUUCUGCCUCCGCUCAGAGAGGUGGGCGUCCGGCCCGAGCAGGACGGCUCGCUCAGAGGCCGGCUGGUCCGCCUGAUGACUCAUGUUGACACGGAUGUGAAGGACUGUGCUGCUGAGCUGCUGUUUGUGCUCUGCAAGGAGAACGUCGGCAGGUUCGUCAAGUACACAGGCUAUGGAAACGCUGCGGGGCUGCUGGCGGCUCGGGGGCUGCUAAACGGCCGGAGGAACUCGGGGGACUCCCAGUUUGCCUCCCGGUACUCCAGUGACUCCGACUCAGACACCGAGGAGUACAAGGAGGCCAGAGCCAAGAUCAACCUGGUCACGGGCCGCGUGGAGGCGGAGCAGCCAGACCCCAUGGAGGGCAUGACGGAGGAGGAGAAGGAGGAGGAGGCGCGUCGCCUCAUCAGCAUGAUCAACAGGAUGUCACGAGACCAGAUCAUUCAGCCGAUGGGGGUGACAGCAGAGGGCAGGCUGGCUCCACUGUACGGCAGGAUGAGGGGCUGCACCGAGGAGGAAGAGGAGGAGGAGGAGGAGGAGGAAGAGGAGGAAGAAGAGAUUUUAGACCUGAAUGCAAUGAUGAGGAAGGACAAACAGAGUAAUUAG